AUGAAUCCAAGAAAAGGAGUUUUCUUUGUAAUGCUAAUAGCUUUAUUUAUUGUUUUUAUAGGAUUUUUAUCUUCAAUCGAGUUUUUUAGAAAUAGACCCACAAUCGAAAUAUUGGACAAAAGUAAAGAAAUUGUCAUUAAAAAAGAAAAUAGUAUAGAUAUCAUAACAAAUAAUUUAAAUAGUAAUAAAAUAGAAAAUAAUAAUAAUAAUAAUAAUAAUAAUAAUAAUGACCAAGAUGAUAAAAUAGAAAAUAAUAAUAAUAAUAAUAAUAAUAAUAAUAAUAAUAACAAUAAUAAUAAUAAUAAUAAAAAUAAUAACAUAAAAAAAGAUAUUUUAAAUAAAGAUCUUAGUAAUAAACUUUUAAAAUUUAAAGAAUUAAAUAAACCUCAACAGUUUGGAGAAAAAAAAAGAUUACCAAGAUAUCAAGAUUUUGAAAAUCCUUUGAAUCAAAUCGAUAAUGUAUAUAAAGAAAAUCAACAACAAAAUAUUGAAAGAGCUGAAAAAGUUAAAGAGGCAAUGAAGUAUGCAUGGGACUCAUAUAGGGAAAAUGCAUGGGGUCAUGAUGAAUGGUUACCAAUAGAAAAAAAAACAAGUAAUUGGCUGGGUGGUAUGGGUUUAACAAUUGUAGAUUCAUUGGAUACAUUACAAAUAAUGAGUUUAGAUAAAGAACUAAAUGAAGGUAAAGAAUGGUUAUCUACAUUAUUAUUAAAUAGAUCUAGGAGCCAGAUAUCAGCAUUUGAAACCAAUAUUAGAUAUUUAGGGAGUACUUUAGCAAUGUACGAUUUAACAGGCGAGCAAGUUUAUUUGAAUAAAGCAGUUGAAUUUGGGGAUUUAUUAAUGUAUGCUUUUUCAGAUAAAUAUCCUUUUCCUGCACGUUUUAUAAACACUGUUGGCAGAGAUACAGGAGAUAUUAAUGAAUGCAUUUCAUUAGCACCACUAGGAACAUUCUCUUUGGAAUUUGCUCGUCUUUCAGAUUUAACAGGUGAUGACAAAUAUAUAAAAAAAAUCAAUAUUGCAAUAGAUACACUAAAUAAAAUGAAAACAACUUAUGAUGGUUUGUUCCCAUGUUCAAUUUCAAGAGAUGCAAAAAAUUUUUGUAGUUCAUUAUUAUCAAUUGGUCGUCAAGGUGACUCUUAUUAUGAAUAUCUUUUAAAAAUGUGGAUCUAUACAGAUGGCGAAGAUGAAAAGUAUUCAAGAUAUUUCGAAACCUCUGCAGAUUCAAUAAUCGAGCACCUAUAUAGAGAAACUAAAGCUGGAUAUGGCUUUAUUGGUACUCUUAAUGACAAUGUAUUGUUGGUAAACGAGGAUCAUCUUACCUGUUUUGUUGGUGGUAUGUUUGCAUUGGCAGCUGCUGUUAAUAUUACUGGGAAUGACGAAAAGAAUGAAAUCUAUAUGGAGGUCGGUAGAGAAGUUACAAGAACAUGCGCAGAUAGCUAUUUUAAAUCACCCAUUGGUUUGGGUCCAGAGAUUUUUGGAUUUGAUCAAGAGACUGGUGAAAUUGCUUUUAACGAAGUCAAUGCAUUUCUUUUAAGACCAGAGACUGUAGAGUCUAUUUUUAUUCUCUAUCGAUUAACUGGAGAUACAAUGUAUCAAGAUUGGGGUUGGGCUAUAUUUGAAGCUAUUGAAAAGUACUGUAGAAUAUCCAAUGGUUAUAUAGGUUAUAGAGAUUUUUUAACUGGUUCCAAAAAUACAGUCCAACAAAGUUUUUUUAUGGCAGAAACAUUAAAAUACCUCUAUCUAUUAUACAGCGAUUCAAACACAAUUCCAUUAGAUAAAUAUGUAUUUAAUACCGAAGCACACCCAUUAUUAAUCAAAUAUAGUAAAUUAUAA